AUGUCGUCCCUGACGACCUCCAGUGAGGCAGAAAACUGCGCUCCCAGGUUUGUUGUUGGUUCCAGGGAUGAUGAGACAGAUUUUCUGGAAUCAAACAUGAAGACAGACGAAACUGAUUUCUUUGAAGAUGAUGAAGAGGAGGAGUCGCCACCUGAACGGCAGAUUGUGGUUGGCAUCUGUGCCAUGACCAAAAAGUCCAAGUCAAAGCCCAUGACACAGAUUCUGGAGCGUCUGUGCAAGUUUGAGUAUAUCACAGUGGUGAUUAUGGGGGAAGAUGUUAUUCUGAAUGAACCGGUGGAGAACUGGCCCUCUUGUGACUGCCUAAUAUCGUUCCACUCCAAAGGAUUCCCCCUGGAUAAAGCGGUUGCUUAUGCCAAGCUGUGCAAGCCAUUUCUGAUUAAUGACCUUGAUAUGCAGUAUUAUAUCCAGGACAGGCGUGAAGUGUAUCGAAUCCUUCAAGAAGAGGGAAUAGACUUGCCCCGCUAUGCUGUGCUCAAUCGAGACCCUGAUAGACCAGAAGAAUGCAACUUGGUGGAAGGAGAGGACCACGUGGAGGUAAAUGGAGCUGUUUUCCCAAAGCCAUUUGUAGAGAAGCCAGUCAGUGCUGAAGACCAUAAUGUGUAUAUUUACUACCCGACGUCAGCAGGUGGGGGCAGCCAGCGGCUCUUUCGGAAGAUUGGCAGCAGGAGUAGUGUGUACUCCCCAGAGAGCAGUGUAAGGAAGACAGGCUCAUACAUUUAUGAGGAGUUCAUGCCUACAGAUGGCACUGAUGUAAAGGUGUACACUGUUGGGCCGGACUAUGCCCAUGCAGAGGCUCGCAAAUCCCCUGCUUUGGAUGGGAAGGUUGAACGGGACAGCGAGGGGAAAGAGAUCCGUUACCCAGUCAUGCUGACUGCCAUGGAGAAACUAGUUGCCCGGAAAGUCUGUGUAGCCUUUAAGCAAACAGUGUGUGGGUUCGACCUCCUGCGGGCAAACGGCCACUCUUUUGUUUGCGAUGUGAAUGGCUUCAGUUUUGUGAAGAACUCUAUGAAGUAUUACGAUGACUGUGCCAAAAUCCUUGGAAAUAUAAUCAUGCGGGAAUUGGCUCCCCAGUUCCAUAUUCCCUGGUCCAUCCCAACAGAGGCAGAAGACAUUCCCAUUGUCCCCACAACUUCAGGCACCAUGAUGGAGCUUCGUUGUGUUAUUGCAGUCAUCCGGCAUGGAGAUCGCACCCCAAAGCAGAAGAUGAAGAUGGAAGUUAAGCAUCCUCGGUUCUUUGAAUUAUUUGAGAAAUAUGAUGGCUACAAGACAGGGAAGUUGAAGCUGAAGAAACCAGAGCAGCUACAGGAAGUGCUGGACAUUGCACGGCAGCUUGUGGUGGACCUGGGAACCCACAGUGAUUGUGAGAUUGAGGAGAGGAAAUCCUCGUCUUGGAGAUGUAAGGCUGUGCUGCUGAUGUAUGGACAUUUUUCUGGCAUUAACCGUAAGGUGCAGUUGACCUAUCUGCCUCAUGGACAUCCAAAAGCUGCAAGUGAAGAUGAAGAAGCUCGCCGAGAGUCUUCCCCAUCCCUUCUCCUGGUGCUUAAGUGGGGCGGAGAGCUGACACCAGCAGGGAGAGUCCAGGCAGAAGAGCUGGGGCGAGCCUUUCGCUGUAUGUACCCUGGUGGCCAAGGUGAUUAUGCUGGUUUCCCUGGAUGUGGCUUGCUCAGGCUGCACAGCACCUACCGUCAUGAUCUCAAGAUCUAUGCCUCAGAUGAGGGACGAGUUCAGAUGACAGCAGCAGCUUUUGCAAAGGGUCUGCUAGCCCUGGAAGGAGAGCUGACCCCCAUCCUGGUGCAAAUGGUGAAAAGUGCCAAUAUGAAUGGUCUCCUGGACAGUGACAGUGAUUCCCUUAGUAGCUGUCAACACAGAGUGAAGGCACGACUGCGUGAAAUCAUGCAGAAGGACGCUGAGUUCUGUGAAGAGGAUUAUGAAAAGCUAGCACCUACAGGCAGUGCUUCUCUGCUCAACUCCAUGACGUUUAUCCAGAACCCAGUAGAAGUCUGUAACCAGGUGUUCACCCUGAUCGAGAAUCUCACCUCCCAGAUACAAAAACGCCUGGAAGAUCCAAAAUCUGCAGACCUGCAGCUGUACCACAGUGAGACUUUAGAACUAAUGUUGCAACGCUGGAGUAAGCUGGAGCGAGAUUUCCGCAUGAAGAAUGGGCGUUACGACAUCAGCAAGAUCCCUGAUAUCUAUGACUGCAUCAAGUAUGAUGUACAGCACAACUGUGCCCUGAAACUGGAAGGCACAGCUGAACUCUUCAAGCUCUCCAAAGCCCUAGCAGAUGUGAUCAUACCCCAG